GGCGGCGGCGGCCGCGCAGGGACGAUGCGCGAGUACAAAGUGGUGGUGCUGGGCUCGGGCGGGGUAGGCAAAUCCGCCCUGACCGUGCAGUUCGUGACCGGCACCUUCAUUGAGAAAUACGACCCCACCAUCGAAGACUUCUACCGCAAGGAGAUCGAGGUGGACUCGUCGCCUUCCGUGCUGGAGAUCCUGGACACGGCGGGCACCGAGCAGUUCGCGUCCAUGCGGGACCUGUACAUCAAGAACGGCCAGGGCUUCAUCCUGGUCUACAGCCUGGUUAACCAGCAGAGCUUCCAGGACAUCAAGCCCAUGCGGGACCAGAUCAUCCGCGUGAAGCGGUAUGAGAAGGUGCCAGUCAUCCUGGUCGGGAACAAGGUGGAUCUGGAGAGUGAGAGGGAAGUGUCCUCCAAUGAAGGCCGUGCCUUGGCGGAGGAGUGGGGCUGCCCCUUUAUGGAGACUUCUGCUAAGAGCAAAACAAUGGUGGAUGAGCUCUUUGCUGAGAUUGUGAGGCAGAUGAACUACGCAGCUCAGCCUGACAAAGAUGACCCCUGCUGUUCUGCCUGUAACAUACAAUAGCAUCCGCACAUGGCUGUCCUGGACAGGACUCAUCUAGGCUCGUAGGCAACAGUAACCUUGUCUACCACACUGCAGUUCGUAGGAUGGGUGCUGUGAGAGUCCACGGUGCACUGCAGUCUUCAGGCCGGUGGCCAGCUGAUGCCUCUGAGUACCUGUGGGUUCCGUGACUACAGCUUCCACCUCUGUCCUCAGUCCUCUGUACGUCUGCAACCUGAAGGCACCACCGCCAAGCUACAGGGUGACCUCGUUUGACGUGACAAUGGCGUUGCCAUUGAGGUGACAGAAGCCACUGUUGUGUAAACUAAUCAUGAGAGAAGCCAGAAGAAUUCCUAUGAUCACUAACAAUUAAAAUAUUUUGUUGUCUUAAAAAAAAUAAAUAAAGGAGAAAUAUUUUCCUAGGAGAGUACUGAAGUCAGGAACAGAUGGAGCUUCUAGCCAGUAUUCCAUCCAGUAAAACAGCAUUGCAGGGAGGCCCUGCUCAGCUGACACGUUUCUAGUUUCCAAAUUGAUGCCUAACUGUAGAUGCCAUCCUAAUUCGUGACAUGAAACUCACUCACAUAUCAGUCCUCAGUGGAGUAAAAGUCAGAACAAGGCUGUGUGAAAACCCAGUCUGGCUUUAGAAUUUGUUGAAUCACCUGCUCUGCCAGAGAACAUAGUAUCUCAUGGGGGUUUAUGAGAAUUGAAUCGCACACCCACCCUCGGUUAACGGAGCAGGGAUGGUCUUUAUUUACUGAACAAGAAAGAAGCAACUGAGACGGAGAGCCCAGCCUUACUAACGAGCCUUGUAGCCGAUUAACCAUCGCAGAAGGAAAAUGAAGCCAUGUUACACCCACACGCUCCUGUUAGCAGACACCCCACAGGACCGUACAAACAUCUGGCUUUGUGUGUGUGUGUGUGUGUGUGUGUGUGUGUGUGUGUGUGUGUUCGUGUUUGUGAAAGCAGCCUUUAAGGGCCACAGUUGCAGUGUGACCCUUGACUCAUCUGCUUUGGAAAUCCAGUUUGCUGUAGCACUGCUUUGCUGUAGGAAUUAAAAAAACCAGAUUGAAUGACCUAUGAAAUAAUUUGGGCUUAAAAGUAGAGUAUAAAUUAUUUUAGGGGAGUGUAGGAAGGGGCACAAAACCUCUUCCCUUUCCUGGAGAAUCAUGGAAGCUUCUCUUACGUGCAUUUUGCCCUGAUGGUUGAAGGCACACACCGCCUGACUGAGUCUUCUGUUUCUAAAGGGUGCUUAAGCCCCCUCCGGCAUUUUUGGUUCUCAUGUCUGUGAAGUGUUUAUCAUUUGCAUGAGUAAUGGCACAGGAGAAAAAAUAAAUUUCUAUUCAGGAGUUUCCCAAUCGAGUGUGGAAGGGCUCUCACCUCCCACCAGAGGCGUACGUGCUGGCGGAUGUCGUGAGCCUGCCCGCUGAAGAUCAGUUGGGCCUUCAGAACCGCAGUGUCACUGAGCCUGGAUGCACUUAGGGCCCACGCCUUCCUUCAUGGCUCCACAGUCUUGUGCAAGUAACCACUUAGUCUCGUGUGUACCAGAGAGAAGAGUGUGUUUGUGUGUGCAUGUGUGUUUGUCGUUCCUAAGAAUUUGGCACAAUUCUGAGGUCCUCACCUCGACUGAGAAUCUAUACUGCAGAACAUAUUGUAUAAGCAAGCAUUUUUUUUUAAAAAAAAUUAUUUGUCUCUUACAAACCAUUGAAAUCUCCCCCACCCCAAGUAUUUAUUAGCUGGCUUUGAGUUUACAAGAUAGGGGGAAAAGGUCAAUGGUGUUUGUCCUAUGUGAGAAAAAAAUAAGUCAAGUGAGUAAAACCAGGUUGUGGGUGUUAGAAAGUCUUUGAGAAUUCACGCUCGUCAACGCCAUAUUCUCCACCUAAGUUCCACAUUUUAUAGGACAGAAAGUCCUAAAAGUUUCCUUGAAUCAAAGCUUGUUAUGUAAAGAUUGAUUUUGACUCAGACAUAUGGAAAAGUUGAACUGAAGAAGUACAUCUUAUCUGCUGAAGUAGAAAUGUUAGCAUGUUGACCUGAGGCCUCUAACUUGUCCAGCUAAAUCUAAUUUUUAGAGUCCCAUAAUGAACAGCAGUUUAUGACAUUGUGUAUUAGAAGCAGCUGUACAGACCCCACAGCUUUAUGUCGUGGAUGGCCGCGCAGACAUGGAAAGGUUGAAGGGUGAGAAGCCGGGCAAGGCGUGAAGUGAGGGCGUUUGCCAGGCUCUUGGGCAGGCUCUUCCUAAGGCCCGCGUUUACACCAGCCCUACACAGAGUUCAGGCACCACUCCCUCAGGCCAAACUGUGCCACACCCUCUCCCUGUUCCUCUGGUGCAAGUGUGACAAUUGUGCAUGAUAUUUGCCGAGAUGGGGAUAAAAACCCAAGGACAGGAAAAUGACACUUGUCAGCACAUGAAAUGGCAGGGUGCAGAGGAGAAUUGCCUCAUCGAUAUUUCUUUAAAGCCCAAUACGCCUAGCAACUAGAUAAAUGAAAGUUUGUUCUAACAUGCCUUAAAAAUAUGAUUUGACCCAAAGACCCACUAUUUCUUUAGCUAUUAUUUAGUUUUCUUUGCUUUGUUUUUUUUGUUGUUGCUUGUUUUGUUGUUUUGUUUUGUUUUUUGGGUUUUUUUGUUUUCUUUUUUUUUACUAUCACACAGAGCCAGGUUUUUGUUUUGUUUUAGGUUUCUUUCUUUUGAGGUGUAACCUGUGGGUUCUUUUAAGCUGAGGUAGUGCCAGUAACCAACGCCUUUGGGCUCCUCAGCUUCCAGGAGACAAGUCAGCAGCUGCUGGGAAGCCUUCUAGGUGUUUCACCGUGAGAGGUGCUUUGAAGCUCCCACCCUUCGCUUUGUAGAAUUAGGGCCUGACGGGACACUCCAGCUGCCGUCACUCUCUGCAGUAAAACUACUGACGCUUGCUUGCUUUCUGUGUUGCCCAAGGACGGCUGGGGGCUGUCCAGUGUGAGUGUCGCUGCUGGUGAAUGUGCUUUGUCCCCGCUGCUGUUGGGUUGCUAGCUCCUUAGUUUCUCCAUCAGUAGCCCCGCCCCCCCGGUUAGCACUGGCUCCGCUUUAACUGUCUCCUCAGCCAAUCAGAUGUUAGAGACCAUGGGGGUCCUCUUGUUUAAUUUGUCCUCGUGUAUCUAUUAAACCUCGAUCAGGGUUUCUAGAAUGGCUGCAGUAGAUUUUGAAAAUAGACUUAUCGUUAUCGAUUCGGGGGUUUCCCAGAGAUCCAGUUCACAGUUAAUUGUUGAACUCUAAUACAACUGACCAUUUAAAAGUGAACAAUGGCUUAUUGUUUUGUAACAGCGUCGGGUAAGCCCUGGCAUUUCAAUCGAAACAUGAAUUGUCACUAUAACUCAAUGCAAAUUCAACAGUUGUAUUUGGAGUUGAAUUAUUUUAACAAAUAAAUUUUAUUUAAUGAAA